AUGGGGAGCUCUCCCAUCGAUAAAUUGGCAUUCGAGCUUCGGAAAACUCUACGGACAUCGACUGUCUUGACACAAGAUUCAGACGGCUACCUCGAAAGCAUCAGACGAUGGAGCGAUGCGGUGGAAAUGAAAGCGGGCAUCGUCGUGUAUGCUCAAUCCGCCGAGGAUAUCUCUGCGACCAUUCUGGCAUGCCGCAAAUAUGCAGUCUCAUUUGCUGUAUCUGGAGGAAGGCACUCUUCCAGCGGUGCCUGUUCAUCUGAAGGUGGAUUAGUGAUCGAUCUGGCCAAGAUGCGCCAAGUCCACGUAGAUCCCGCCACGCAGCUUGUCCGGGCCCAAGGUGGAUGCAUCUGGAAGGACGUUGAUGACAUUGCUUUCGCAAAUGGGUUCGCGGCGGUGGGAGGGACUGUAAACCACACUGGCGUUGCUGGGCUUACCCUCGGAGGGGGUUAUGGGUGGCUUUCUGGCAGAUACGGACUGGUAAUCGACAACCUGCGGGCAGUUCAGAUGGUACUAGCUGAUGGUACCGUCACUACUGUCUCCGAAGAUAAUCAUCCCGAUCUGUUCUGGGCUGUCCGUGGCGCUGGUCAUGCUUUCGGUGUCGCUGUGGAAUUCACUUUUCAGAUGCAUGAACAAAAGAAUCCCGUCUGGGCUGGCCAGAUGGGGUUCCCCCUUGACAAGCUGCAUUCUAUCAUUAACUUUGCCAAUGAACUGGUUGCUACCACUAACGGAGACUCUGCAAUGAUGGUUGGCAUCACCGCUCCUCCAUUUACUAACCGCACGCCGGGCGUUGUGGCGACCGUCUUCCACAAUGGUUCUGCCAUCGAGGCACAGCCCAUUUUCCAGCCUCUCCUGGACUUGCAACCCAUUGUCAAUAGCACUAAGGAACGACCCUACAAUGAGGUAAACGGUAUGAUGAACCAUGCCGUCGACUACGGUGGCCGCAAACUCAGCAAGGGCGCCGUUUUCCAUACUCCUCUGCGGCCAGAGUUUGUUAGCGACAUCAUUGUCCCUGAACUUGAGCGCUUCCAUGCUACCGUCCCCGGUGGUAAACGAUCCAUUCUGCUUUUCGAAUUCUUCAAGUCAGACAAGUGGUGCGAAUAUUCCACCUCUGACAUGGCUUUUGCCAACCGCGGCCCACAUCAGAACUUGUUGAUCGGUCCCUUCUGGGACUUUCCGGAGCAUGACAAUGUAGCCCGGCAGUGGUCCCAAGCCGUGGCUAAGCUUGCCUGGCUUGAGCUUGAACGUGACCAGAUUGAACAUGGUCCGAGUGCUAAGCCAGCACCGGCUACGGAGUAUGGAAACUACGACCAUCUUGCUGCCAGUCCGCGCCAGAUCUUCGGUGCCAAUGUUGAGCGUCUAAUUGAGAUCAAGCAAAAGUAUGAUCGAGACAAUGUUUUUGACAAGUCAUACAGUUUAAUUAAGGGUCGUGAGGAAAUUGGGCGCCGGUGA